UCCGGAUCUAUUAUAUCUUAUUCAAACUAAAUCCUACUUGUAAACAAACAACCCAUAAAAGACUUGAGCUUUUGGAUGAUUCACACGUAAAAGCAUCAAUAUUUCCACGAACUCAGCGGGCAUUUCUUGUCCACCAGAGCCAACCAGAACGAUCACGCUUUCCACGAUAUUUGGAGAAAAUAAUAUAUCUCCCGGAAGCCAAAUACCUCAAAUUUCUGAAACGAAAACUUCCCGCGUUUUACCGUCGCAAUUUGCGUAAAAAAUCAUCAUCCAAGUUCACAUCUUUGAUGAAUGGCUACAUGCCCGCUCCAAUUCCCCACUCCGGUGGAGACCGAAGGGCCUCCUAUCUCCUACUCAUCGCCGCCGCCUCCUCCCUCUCUCAUCUCCGCCAAAUCAUAUCCCACUCCAUCGUCUCCGGCCACCACCCCGACCUCCCCACCACCACUAAGCUCAUCGACCGCCACACCGACCUCUCCUCGCCCCCUUCCUCCAUUCUUCCACUCGCACUGUUCCACUCUCAUCCCCACCCCGAUCUCUUCCUCCUCAACGUUCUUCUACGCUCCCUUCCCGCCGCCUCUGCUCUCUCCCUCUUCUCCUCCCUCCCUCAACGCCACCCCCAUCUCCGCCCAGACAGCUUCACCUUCUCCUUCUCUCUUUCCGCCGCUGCAUCGCUGCCUUCUCCUUCCGCUGGCCACGCUCUUCACGCUCGCAUCAUCGUCGGCGGCCUUGACACCGACCGCUUUAUCGGCUCCGCAUUGACUGAAUUCUACUUCAAGUUUUUGCAAAUCUCUAAUGCCGAGAAGGUGUUCGAUCAAAUUCCCCAUCCGGAUACCGUUUCAUGGAACUCCCGUAUUUCGGGGCUUGUCCGCUGCUGCUCGUUCGUCAGAGCGGUAAGGGCCUUUGGGCGGAUGUUAGAGCUUGGAAAUUGCAUCGACUCCACGACUCUGGCUGUUGUUCUUCCCGCCACAGCGGAACUCCAAGAUCUGAUUUUGGGAAAAGCCACGCAUUGCUUGGGGUUGAAAAUAGGCAUGGCAGACCAACCCCAUGUCAUCACUGGACUCUUGUCGUUGUACUCCAAAUGUGUUGAUGUACCUGCUGCAGAAGUUAUCUUUGAGGAGAUAGAGAAACCUGAUAUCAUUCACUGCAAUGCGUUGAUUUCUGGUUACUCUUCCACCGGUUGUAUUAGAUCCUCAGUUGAUUUAUUCAGGGAUUUGCAGUUUUCGGGUUGGCGGCCCAAUUCCAGCACGCUUGUAGCUCUAAUUCCUGUAACCAAUCCGUUUGGUUAUGAGUCUCUCUGCAGAGAAAUUCAUGGUUUUGUGAUCAAAGCCAGGCUCGUUCUGGAUAUGUUGGUUUCCACUGCUUUAACCACUGUUUAUAGCAGACUAAAUGAUAUGGAGUCAGCAAGGAAGAUUUUUUAUGAAAUGUCUGAAAAGAGCUUGGCAUCAUGGAAUGCCAUGAUCUCUGGCUAUGCACAGAAUGGCUUGACAGAGUUGGCAAUCUCCCUUUUCCAGGAGAUGCAAAAACUAAAUUUAAAGCCUAAUCCAGUCACGGCAGCCAGUAUCCUCUCCGCCUGUGCUCAGCUUGGAGCCCUUACAUUAGGGAAAUGGAUUCACCAACUAAUAAUUGAGGAGGAUCUUGAGUUAAAUGUCUAUGUAUGCACUGCACUGAUCGACAUGUAUGCAAAAUGUGGGAAUGUUACUGAAGCUCGGAAGAUAUUUAAUGGCAUGCCUGACAAGAAUGUGGUUUCCUGGAAUGCAAUGAUAUCUGGCUAUGGACUCCAUGGUUAUGGUCAUGAAGCUUUAAGGCUCUUUAGAGAGAUGCUGUCUGCUCAAAUUUCUCCCUCUGCUACCACAUUUCUUUCAGUCCUUCAUGCUUGUAGCCAUGGUGGAUUGGUGGAAGAGGGCCAUGAUAUCUUCCUAUCUAUGUCCCAUUAUUAUGGAGUAAGUCCACGGGCUGAGCACUAUGCAUGUAUGGUUGAUCUCCUGGGUCGUGCUGGGCGGCUUAUUGAGGCCCUGGAUUUCAUAAAAGCAGCCCCUGUGGAUGCUGGUCCUGGUGUCUGGAGUGCUUUCCUUGGUGCUUGCAGGAUUCAUAAGGAGAUCAGCCUUGCAAAGUUGGCAUCAGAAAAGCUUUUUGAGGUUGAACCAGAGAAUUCUGGUUACUAUGUUCUCCUCUCCAACAUUUACUCGGCCAGCCGGAACUUCCCUGAAGCAGCAGCGGUGAGGGAGACAGCAAAGACAAGAAACCUUGCCAAGCUACCUGGAUGCACUAUAAUUGAGGUGAAGGAUGUUGUCCAUAGCUUUACUGCUGGCGAUAGAUCUCACCCUCAAACUUCAGCCAUCUACUCCAUGUUGGAGAGUUUGCUGGGGAAGAUGAUGGAGGCUGGGUACCAAGCAGAGACAGAAGCAGUAUUGUAUGAUGUGGAGGAAGAAGAAAAGGAAGAAAUGAUAAAGAUUCACAGUGAGAAGCUCGCUAUUGCUUUUGGACUUAUUAAUGCUAAUCCGGGAAGUGAGAUUAGGAUCAUUAAGAAUCUCAGAGUAUGUUUGGAUUGCCACAACUGGACGAAGUUCAUAUCCAUGAUUACUAAGAGAGUGAUUGUUGUUAGGGAUGCUAGUAGGUUUCACCAUUUUAGAGAUGGCGUGUGCUCUUGUCAGGACUACUGGUGAAUGGUAAUUUUCUCUUUAUUGUUGUUUUAUUUAUAACUUUCUAAACUUUCUCAAAAUGUAAGAGUAAUUCUUCAGUUGUAUUUGCUAAAAUAGGUAUGUUUAUAAAUGUCAUUUAUUUCAGAUAUAGAUUUUAGCUCAUGCAGAUUGUAGAUGUAAAAUAUACUCAAGUAAGAAUUUUGUUAUUAUUCAUUUUGACUGUGCA